AUGCCGGACUCCCAACAUCCAACAGAGGGCUUUGCCAAAUGCAGCAUAGCUGAUAAGUUCUGGAAGCAGCGGGUCGGCCCCAUCUUCUUGUACACAGGCAACGAAGGGAACAUCUGGGAUUUCGCCCUCAACACCGGCUUCCUGCUGGAGCUGGCAGAGCAGCAGAGGGCCCUGGUGGUCUUUGCAGAACACAGGUAUUACGGGAAAUCGCUUCCGUUCGGAGCAGCAUCCCUGCAGGGGCCGAACAUCGGCCUGCUGAGCGUGGAGCAGGCCUUGGCCGAUUACGCGGUUCUCAUCGCGUGGCUGAAGGAGCAGCACCAAGCGCAGGGCGCGCCAGUCAUCGCCUUCGGGGGCAGUUAUGGAGGGAUGCUCAGCGCCUACAUGAGGCUGAAGUACCCCAACCUGGUGGCCGGGGCCCUUGCUGCCAGCGCCCCUGUGCUGUCCACGGCAGGGAUUGGGGACCCUGGCCAGUUCUUCAAGGAUGUCACAACAGACUUUCAGAACUACAGUCCAGAGUGUGCCAAAGCUGUCCGAGAAGCAUUCAGACAAAUCAGAGACCUUAGCCUCAUUGGAGCCUACGGCAGAAUCAGCGCGGAAAUGGCUCUCUGCCACCAGCUUUCCAGUCAAGGGGACGUCAAGCAGCUCUUCGAGUUCGCCCGGAACGCCUUCACCAUGAUGGCUAUGAUGGAUUAUCCUUACAAAAUAGACUUUAUGGGCCACUUUCCAGCGAACCCCGUCAAGGUUGGCUGUGAACUGAUGUUGGCCAGCAAGGACCCCAUCCGAGGGCUGGCAGCUCUUUCUGGAGUAUUUUACAACUCCACAGGGACUGAAACGUGCUUUGACAUUUACGAGAUGUACCAUAAAUGUUCCGAUCCAACAGGCUGUGGCUUAGGCCCCAAUGCUGAAGCUUGGGAUUAUCAGGCCUGCACCGAGAUCAACUUAGCUUUCGACAGCAACAACGUGACCGACAUGUUUCCCGAACUCCCCUUCACCGAGGCCGCCCGGGAAGGCUACUGCUUCCGCAAGUGGGGGGUUUGGCCCCGGCCAUCAUGGCUGCGCGUCAACUUCUGGGGCGGCGACCUGGCUGCUGCAAGCAACAUUAUCUUUUCCAACGGAGACCUGGACCCCUGGGCAUCCGGCGGGGUGAGGAAGAACCUGAGCUCCUCCGUGAUUGCCAUCACCAUCAAAGGGGGUGCCCAUCACCUCGACCUCCGGAGCUCCAACCCAGCUGACCCCGCCUCGGUCAGGGAAGCUCGGCUACAGGAAGCCAGGAUCAUCCGGGGCUGGGUGGAAGCGGCCACCAAGUAGCAUCCAAGUUGCCAGCCGGUGUCUUUUAACAGAAGCCCCCCCCCCCCCCCAGACCGCUGGGCGUGAAGGGAGGGGGGACUGUAGCGUUCUCCUUAAGCAGUGACACUCUCAUGCUCUCUGCAGUGCUGAAGAAUAAGGAAUAAAGUUUCCUCCAGGGGGACCUUCCUGGGUUGGGAGGUUCAUGGAGGCUGGGAUGAAACUGG